UCAGCCAGGAUCCAGGUCCUGCCCUCCACAUGUUUUUGCUGCUUGACCUGCAUCACGCCUGGAGCAUCGUGGAGGAGGAGGGGGGGGAGGAAGGCAGGCAGGAAGCCUCCUGCCUGCUUCGUUCAGCUGGCUACUCCCCUGCCUGCUCCUGGGAGGGUUGGGCUCAGAGCAGGGGGGCUGAAGGCAGAGUGGGACCUGCAUAGACCUCUCUGAUGAGCAGGAGCAGGGCCAUCUGUGGUACUGUGUGCCAAGGUAUGACAAGGAGACACGGUCAGGCUGGGGAGCACCCCCAGCCCUUCCCAGGACACCGGUGAUUCCCACUGCUGCCAGCUCAUUGCACCCCUCGCAGGAAAAGACUCUGUGUUUCCACUGCCGGCACACACCUUCCUCCUGGGCGGGAGGAAAUGCUCCUGGCAGUGCUGCCGGCAGUGCUGCCCGUGUCUCUCCAUGUCCCCCUAUCCCCUCCCAUGGUGGGCAGGCACGGUGCCAGGGAACAGAGGAGCAAGGAGUUCUUUUAUUGAGGGUGCAGGGCUGCCUGUCCUUGCUACUCCCUGCCUGUCCCGGGCAUCCUCCUGGGCACAGACCCUGUCCCAGUGGGGCAUGGCAGGGUGUGGGCAGCAGCGUGUCCCCCACUGGCAUCCCUCUGAUAGACACCCUAGACACCCCACCAGUGCCACCCACUCUUGGUUGCCUUCCCCAUCCCAGCUGCUGCGCCCCAGGCUCAUAUCAUGCCACCCUGUGCAGGACCCAGGGCUGGCAAGGCACAGCCAGGCGGGGGCUGGGGACGCGCCGCCUGUGGGCUGACAGUGUGUGACAUCGCUCUGCAGCUGGCAGAGGCCAUGGCACAGGGAGCAGUUGUUGGACAGUGGCCCUGGCACUGCCACGCUUCAGCACAACCGCGGGCAUGACCCGGGGUCAAGGUGCCCGCAGCCAGGCCAACGUGCCGGACUAGGGCCAGGCCAGCGGCCAGAGCCAGCAGUGGCUCUCAGGGCUGGGGUGAGGACGCUGGCCGCUGGCCGGAGCUCGGGGGGCCGGCUGGGGGUGGGCUCCGGAGCCAGCCCCUCCCCGGCCGUAUAAAUCCCGAUUCCCCCUGCAGACAGCCGUCCCAGCCCUACUCAGCUGCCGCAGCGCAGCGGCAGCGGGAAGGCGUCCGGAGCCGCCGUCGCAGCUGUGCCGGUGGGGGAAGGCUCCCCGCAGCCCGGGGGGUCCCCCCAGCAGGGCCGGGGUGCGGGCGGGCACCCCACCAUGGCCUUCACCAUGCUGCGCCCCGUGGCCGCCCGCGUGCUCUACCCCGACCUCAGCAUGCUCUCGGAGGACGAGGAGAACCGCAGCGAGAGCGACACGUCGGACCAGUCGUUCGGCUGCUGCGAGGGCGCCGAGGCUCGCCGCAAGCUGCCGCGGAAGCCGGGGCCGAUGGUGAUGGUGAAGCAGAGGCAGGCGGCGAACGCACGGGAGCGGGACCGGACCCAGAGCGUCAACACGGCCUUCACCGCCCUGCGGACCCUCAUCCCCACCGAGCCGGUGGAUCGGAAGCUGUCCAAGAUCGAGACCCUCCGCCUGGCCUCCAGCUACAUCUCCCACCUGGCCAACGUGCUGCUGCUGGGCGAGGGCUGCGAGGACGGGCAGCCCUGUUUCAGUGCCAUCUAUGGCGCCAAGGGCGACCUGGACAGCAAACAGCCCCGCAGCAUCUGCACCUUCUGCCUCAGCAACCAGCGGAAAGGGGGCAGUCGGAGGGACCUCGGGGGCAACUGCCUGAAGGUGCGAGGGGUCACGCCCCUGCGAGUGUCGCGGAGAUGAGCCGGGGUCCGGCAGCACCCGCCUGAGACAGCGGCAGAGGCAGACGGAGCCCGCACACGCCAGCCCAGAGACCGCAGCGGGGAGGGAGGGAGCUGCUCACCCGAGGUGGCAGCGGCCGAGCCCAGGCUGGCAGCGCACCGACACUGGCCCUGGAACCGGCAGGGGGGCGGGAGGGCGCUCCCGUGGCCGAGGCUGCCCAGCGGGGCAGGGCUGGGGAGGGGGGUCCCCGCGCCCCGGGGCUGGACUGGAAGGGGCCUGUGUGCGGCCGGCGUUGAGGCGCUCCGGGGGGACAGUGUCGUGGCCCUGGGGAUGCUGGUUGUGCACGUGCAGCCGCUUGGAAAAUAAA